AUGAAACUCAACUCGAAAAAAUGCACAUUCAGAGUUAUGUGCGAGUUUUUGGGCUACUACGUCACAAAAAGGGGAAUAGAGGCGAAUCCAAAGCAAAUCUCCCCAAUCCUGGAUCUACCCAGCCCAAAGAACAGCCUCGAUGUACAAAGAUUGACUGGUUUGAUUGCUGCUCUCAAUCGAUCCAUCUCACGCUCAACCGAUAAGUGCCUUCCUUUUUAUGACCUGUUGCGCGACAACAAGAAGUUCAUCUGGGAUGAGCGUUGCGAAGAAGCCUUUGAACAACUCAAACGCUACCUCAUGACGCCGCCCAUGUUAGCUAAACCCGAUAAAGGCGAUACAUUGUACCUUUACAUCACGGUCUCUGAUACAGCUGUGAGCAGUGUCCUUGUUAAAGAAGAUCGAGGCGAACAACGGCCUUCAUUUUAUAUCAGAAACUGCAUGACCGAAGCAGAAACACGUUACUCAACGCUCGAAAAAAUGGCACUUGCCAUCAUGACUUCAGCAAGAAAGCUCUGGCCAUACUUCCAGUCUCAUUUGAUCCUCAUCCUUACCAAUCUACCGCUACCAGCUGCAAAAUCGCAAGUGCUGGCCGACUUCCUGAUCGAACUAACACCAGAACUCGAGCAGGACCUAAAGCUACCGAGCGACAAUUGGAUUCUCCAUGUCGACGGCUCAUCCUCCGCCAGAGGAUCCGGAAUCGGUGUCCAUCUUCAAUCCCCAACCGGUGAACUUCUUCAGCAGUCUUUCCGACUUGGUUUCAAGGCAUCCAAUAACGAAGCUAAAUACGAGGCCCUCAUCGCUGGACUACGCCUAGCCCAGGCCGUCCAAGCGAAACGUAUUGAUGCCUAUUGGGACUCUCAAUUGGUCGCCAACCAGUUCAGCGGUGAUUACGAUGCGAAGAAUGAGCGAAUGGAUGCCUAUCUGAAGGUGGUGCAGGAUCUCGCCAAGGAGUUUGAUUCUUUCCAACUCACGAGAAUCCCUCGCGGCGAAAACGUUUGCGCAGACGCCCUAGCAGCACUCGGAAGCAAUCCGGGCGAUCAAGUCAAACGGACCAUCCCGGUCCAAAAUAUCGACAAGCCAAGCAUUAUCUUACCCCAAGAAGAGAGCGAACAUGUCGCAGCUAUCGACACAGCGGAUGAAAUGGAUGCAAGUAAUUCGACCGAUCGACCCGCAGAGAUGUCGACCGACUGGCGAGUCUCGCUUAUCCAAUACUUUUCCAGAGGCUCCUUACCGGAAGACAAGUGGGAAGCUCGUCGACUAAAAGCCAAGAGUUCAAACUACGUCCUCAUCGAUUGA